AUGCAAUUCCGCGCUACUCUCGUUACUUUCGCUCUCGCCACCCUUGCUGCCGCCACAACGACCGUCACGGUAACCCAACCGUCCACUCCUUAUCCGACCCCGUUGCCUGCCAGUCAGUGCAACACUGGUGAACUCCACUGUUGUAACUCCGUCGAGGAGGCAGACAGCGGCGGUCUCUUGGGUGUGGUCCUUGGGCUCCUUAGCGUGGUCGUUUCGCCUGUCACCGCCCAGGUUGGGCUCACCUGCAACCCGAUCAGCGUGAUUGGACUUGGAGGCAAUUCUUGCUCUGCUCAGCCUGUGUGCUGCCAGAAUAACAACUUUAACGGGCUCGUCGUUAUUGGCUGCACCCCCGUCAACCUCAACCUUUAG